UGUUAACUACAGUCUACUGUAAUCUAACGAUUGUUAAACUAUCAGAAGCAUAAUUUUAAAACAUGUCAGAGAAAGGAGAAGUGGAUUUAACUGGUGCCAAGCAGAACACGGGUGUGUGGCUUGUAAAGGUUCCCAAAUAUCUCUCCCAGCAAUGGGCGAAAGCGACGGGCAGAGGAGACGUCGGGAAACUCCGAAUAUGCAAGAAAGGAAACCAAGCAAAAGCAGAGGUGUCUUUCACUUUGAAUGAAGAGCUGACCGUGAUCGAGGGCAUAGAAGACAAGACGGUGUCGGCGCCUCGCGACCAUCCGUUCACCAUGCAGACAGUGGGAGGUCAGAUGUUGGCGGUCUUCACCGAGACUUCAUCGGGCCAGUCAGAAGAAAGAUCUGAUGGCAGCAGCUCAGUUUCGGGGGCGGGGGCAGGUCCAGAUAAAGUCGCCCUGGAGGGAGUGGUCGUGCAGAGAGCAGAGUGCAGACCUGCUGUCAGUGAAAGCUACAUGAAGCUGAAGAGGUUGCAAAUUGAAGAGCUGGCCAAGCCCGUCAGGCUGUCCCAACAGCUGGAUAGAGUCGUCACCAGCAACUACAAACCGGUGGCCAACCAUACUUACAAUCUCGAGUAUGAGCGGAAAAAGAAGGAGGAGGGCAAGAGGGCGAGACUAGACAAACAGCAGGUGUUGGACAUGUUGUUUUCUGCUUUUGAGAAGCAUCAGUACUACAACAUCAAAGACCUGGUGGACAUCACCAAGCAGCCUGUGAUUUACUUGAAGGAAAUCUUGCGUGACAUCGGCAUCUACAAUGUGAAGGGAACACACAAGAACACCUGGGAGCUCAAACCAGAAUACCGACAUUACCAAGGCGAUGAAAAGACUGACGAAUAGUUUCUGUCCCUCCUGAUUUCCAUAUAUCAGGUCAACCACAGGUUGUAUCCUGUUAUUUUGUAGACCAGAAGAAACUGCAAGGGGCAACUAAUUCAAGCACCGUCUCUCCUGGAUGUGUCGUCUGUCACAGCUUCUGUGCACUGGAGGCCUCAGUAUAUGGAUUUAGUUCUACUCAUCAGAGGCUCAGGACAGCAUUUUACAAAGCAAAGGAUGCAUUUAUGAAUGCCGUUUCUUGGCAUCGUAUUAUUUUUUUAAUGAUGUGGCACAUGGGUGCCGAGGUAACGGGUUUAAUGGUUAGAGAAUAAACGUCAGGAUGAAGGAUGUGACACAGGUAAUAGCUCUCACCACUAACGUGACAUGUUUUUAGAGACCUUUUUUAAUUUGACUUUGAAUCGACAGAAUUUUAAGACCAGCACCAUUGCUUUAAGUCUUUCCUGCAUCUGCACUGUUUUUAAAUGGAAUGACUUGUGCAAUAAAUGUUUUUCAACAUAAUCUUUGUACGACAGCAGCAUGACAAACUUCUACAGAUAUGCAAGUUGUGGAACUACAGAAGACCGUUAACCAGCCACUGCAGGUUUUUGAAAUUUGGUUUAAACCAUUGGGACUAUUAAUUGCUCACUUUUUAGCAAUUUACUCAACUAUCUAAGGCAGUAGUAGCGCUGCUCAAAGACAGUCUUUCUAUAGCAGGAGUCCUGAUAACUUUCAGAAUAAACUCUGUAGAGGAACUGAAAGCAGUGCUUCCCCACUAAAUGGCUCCUGAAACCACUAUUGCAUUAAUCAGUACUACAUAUUUAAGUUGAAAUGCUUUUAUUUAACCUUUAUUCGGGUAACCUUUCGCCGGAGCCCCGGCCAUCAGACCUCUGGAGCUUGUCCAGAAAGCUGCAGCUCGCCUGGUGUU